AUAGACAGUUUUACCUAACCCUAACCUAAUGGUCCUAAACAUUAGCCACGUCAAUUAUCUUAAUAACACAAUGCGUAAAUGCUUCUUAGUCCGCUGCUACGAAAAGUAAAAUCUGAUGUUCAUUUGACAAAAGGUGGAUCUGUUCUAGUCGUGACCCGCGGUACCGCCCCCUACUACCUUCCCAGGUGUUCUGAACUUCCGUACGGCUCCCUUUGGUCGUUUUGACACCUCUGUUGACGCUAUGUUAUCGCAUUCCGGAUGUCUUUGCAGGACACUGGGGCGCUCCCUGUCUGCGCUAAGUCAGGCCUCUCCACUGGCAACAGGGCUGUCUACAGGAGCACUCAGUUAGGCUACUUCCUCUGUGUUUUAGAUGUGAGCCUCCGUCAUCAAUUGUUGUCUUCCACAUUAGAUACUUCAAGACAUCUACAGCACAUAGGGAGGAAGUUGUCACUGUCGACACCCCUCCGUUCUCUGAGUCGAUCACAGAGGGGGACGUCAGGUGGGAGAAAGACCUCGUUGCAGGUGCCAUCUCCGGCAGCCGGUGUGAUAAGGGAGCUCCUGGUGCCAGAUGGAGGGAGUGUAGAGGCCGGGAAUCCCCUCUUCAAACUCAAAAAAGGAGCCGCAGCAGCCAACGCCGCCCCAGCAGCAGAGGUCCCUGCAGCAGCAGCCCCUCCCCCAACGAUGGCCGCCGUCCCUGUCGCCGUACCCCCCCGUGGUAGCACAAGCCCAAUCUUUUUCUGCGGUCAAGCCCACUGCAGCAGCAGCACCAGCAGCAGCCCAUGGGGCCAGGACAGAGAGCAGAGUAAAGAUGAAUCGUAUGAGGCUGAGGAUCGCCCAGCGACUGAAGGAGGCUCAGCAGACUUGUGCCAUGCUCACCACCUUCAACGAGAUAGACAUGAGUGAUUGACGAUACAACCAACGAGAUCGUUUACAGGGAUUAUGUUGACAUCAGUGUGGCUGUGGCCACUCCCAAGGGACUGGUUGUACCGGUUAUUCGCAACGUAGAGACCAUGAACUGACAUUGAGAAAACCAUCAACGGUCUGGGAGAGAAGGCUCGUAAUAAUCUGCUGGCUGUGGAGGACAUGGACGGAGGAACCUUCACCAUCAGUAACGGAGGAGUGUUCGGUUCCAUGUUCGGCACGCCCAUCAUCAACCCGCCCCAGUCAGCCAUCUUGGGCAUGCUUCGACAGGCCUGUUGCCAUCGGCGGCAAGGUGGAGAUACGGCCCAUGAUGUACGUGGCUCUGACCUACUACCAUCGGCUGGUCGACGGCAGAGAGGCAGUCACCUUCCUGCUAAGAUCAAGUCCGUGGUGGAGGAUCCCCGCGUUCUUCUGCUCGACAUGUGAUUCCAGCAUCACAGCAACAGGGCCACGUUCAGUAGGCACUAACGUUGUUGAGCGUUACAAAGAGCAGUGUUGUGACUCUCUUUAACAAACCCCGGAGAGGUAUGUGGUUGUACAUAAUGCUCCACAAACGUUGUGGCCUGCUGAACACACCCGCAGCGAUUUUAAACAUCUGUAUAAAACCAACCCGUCCCAAAAACAAGCCACAGCCAAAUCCAUUGUUGUUUAUUUUUGGUUGAAGAAAAGUCCUCGAUCUGUUUGUGUGACAAAGACAUUAUAGUUGGCUAAAAGGCACAAACAGAAAUGGGACUAAGAGAGAAUUUAAUGUUGAGAUUAUUCACUUAUUAUUAGUUGGUUUCAUUCAGCAGUUUUUGCUCAGGUUGAAAUGUCAGAUUGAUACAAUGUAUGAUUGAUACAAUGACUGAUGAACCGACCAGGUCUGUUCUGUCUCAAUGUAUCACUGACUGAUGAACCGACCAGGUCUGUUCUGUCUCAAUGUAUCACUGACUGAUGAACCGACCAGGUCUGUUCUGUCUCAAUGUAUCACUGACUGAUGAACCGACCAGGUCUGUUCUGUCUCAAUGUUAUACUGGCUCUCUGAUGAACUUACCAGGUCUGAUCUGUCUCAAUAUUAUACUGGCUCUCUGAUGAACUUACCAGGUCUGUUCUGUCUCAAUGUUAUACUGGCUCUCUGAUGAACUUACCAGGUCUGAUCUGUCUCAAUAUUAUACUGGCUCUCUGAUGAACUUACCAGGUCUGAUCUGUCUCAAUGUUAUACUGACUCUCUGAUGAACCGACCAGGUCUGUUCUGUCUCAAUAUUAUACUGGCUCUCUGAUGAACUGACCAGGUCUGUUCUGUCUCAAUAUUAUACUGACUCUCUGAUGAACCGACCUGGUCUGUUCUGUCUCAAUAUUCGACUUU